UUUCGUGACGAAAACAUUCUUUGGACUUUGGUUGGGAUCCUAACUCAGCAGGUGAAGAAGACGUCGCAUUAAACCGUUACGAUAACGAUCAUCUAAACAGAAUAUCGCCAUGACAACAGACUUAGGAGCAGAUAUUUGUAAUGGACAAACGAUAAAUGGUUUUCUGGAAACCCAUCAACACCUGCAUACAAAUGAAGAAGACCUGCCUAGUUGGCCUCUUCAUAUCCACGAUGGUUACGUGGAGCAUCCUGGCCAUGGGGAAGUGUUCCUGUUCUCAUCAGAAUCAGUCGGGGAAGGCCAUCCAGACAAGAUGUGUGAUAUGAUUAGUGACGCCAUACUGGAUGCUUAUUUGGAUCAAGACCCUGAUGCUAAAGUCGCCUGUGAAUGUGUGACAAAAACCGGCAUGGUACUACUUUGUGGAGAAAUAUCUUCUAAGGCGCAUGUGGACUAUCAGAAAGUAGUUCGGCAAACAAUCAAACACAUAGGAUAUGAUGAUUCGUCCAAAGGAUUUGAUUAUAAAACAAUGAACCUUGUCGUGGCAAUUGAACAACAAAGCGAAAACAUUGCAAGUGGAGUUCACCAUGAACGUGACGAUGAAACUUUAGGUGCUGGCGAUCAGGUGACUUGUGAAUACUACUUCUAUCAUGGUGUGGCUGUUCCAAUCCGUGUCCACACAGUUGUUGUAUCGAUUCAACACUCAGAUGAGAUCAGCUUGAAGGAACUUCGAGAGGAAAUCAUGGAGAAAGUCAUUAAGUUGGUGAUUCCUAAGCAGUACAUGGAUGAAAAGACUAUUUACCACAUAAAUCCAUGUGGAAAGUUUAUCAUCGGGGGGCCAAUGGGUGACGCAGGCUUAACUGGCAGAAAGAUUAUUGUUGAUACCUAUGGUGGAUGGGGAGCUCAUGGAGGUGGAGCAUUUUCUGGCAAAGAUCCAACAAAAGUGGACCGGUCUGCUGCUUACGCUGCUCGGUGGGUGGCCAAGUCUUUAGUAAAGGCAGGACUGUGUAAAAGAUGCCUCGUACAGCUUUCGUAUGCUAUCGGCGUAGCUGAACCAAUAUCUAUUGCUGUUUUCACGUAUGGAACAUCAAAACUUUCACACCUUGAACUCCUUCAAAUCGUACGAGACAACUUUGACCUUCGACCCGGAAAGAUAAUUAAGGAUUUGGGUUUGAAACAUCCCAUUUAUCUGCAGACAAGUGCUUACGGACACUUUGGACGAGAAGGUCAACCAUGGGAAGUCCCAAAAAAACUUUUACUUCCUCCUAAAUGUCCGAGAGUCUGGUAGCCCAAGAGACAGUUAUGAUUGGUUCCGACUCUAUCUAUAUUGCUUUAUAAUUAUCUACUAAGAGGCGAUUUAGUAUACUGUUUAUUUUUUUAUCAUUUUGCAUUUUUCAUAAUCGUCAUAGAGAUUGUUUGAUUUUGUUUAUAUAUUUUAAACUGGUGUUAUCUUGCAUUAAAAAAAAGUAAGUCUGAAGCUUUUUUUGAGCAAUUUACUACUUUCAGAACAAAUUUAUGGACUAAUGUUGGGAUAUUUUUUAGUUAUUCAAAUAAACCAAUAUUACACUAUUAACAUUUCGUAUAUGCUGCGAUCAAAAGCUUGAAAUUGAAUUAAAAAUACUAUUUUAUAAAAUAGUUACAUUCGAGCGUUAUUCAGGAAAGACAUUGAAUUAAAAAUUCAAUUUGUCCUUCCGAUACAAUAUUUCCGAAGAAAAGGACUUAAAACUACCAACAGAUAACGCUAGCCGUACUCGUUUAUAAAAAAAAAGUUAAAUUUCCCCCUUCCUAAUAACUAAACAAUUAUUAAAUUUGUUUAAUAUUGUGAUUUUCUAAACGCUUUCUGUACAUACGUGAUGAAAAAUUCAUACUUGAACUCUUACAAAUGAAAUAAACUUUAUUUUUCAUUGUU